AUGACGACCGCCAUCCCGCUCUCCAACCAAGCCCGCAACCUCUCCGUCUCGGGGGACCACCGCGGCGCUAUCCGACUCCAUCAGCGCGCCCUGGAGAUCAAGGUCCGGGCGCACGGGAUCGACUCGAUCCAGGCUGCCUUGACAUUCAAUGCCCUCGGAGAGGAGUAUCUCGCGGUGGGCGAGUUGAGGGAUGCCGAGGCGGCAUUGAAGCUCGCAAAGAAGAUUAGGGAGGCGGCGAGUGGACAGGAAUUUGAUGCGGCAGUGACGAGGGAGAAUUUGGGGAGGGUGUAUGAGAAGAAGGGGGAUUGGAAGGGUGCGAAAGCGAUUAGGGAGGGUGGGGGUGAUCAUGUCACCUGCUCGAAUGAGAAUUGUCCCGGCGAAACAUUCGCCUACUCCGCCUUGAAGCGCUGCUCAGCGUGUCAAGCCCCGGUGUACUGCACGGCCUCGUGCCAAAAGGCCGACUGGGUAGCCCGGCACAAGGUGCUCUGUCAGUCGCGGACAAAGGCCGCUUGA